UUUUCCCUCGUCACAUCGCGCGGACGAAAAGAUGCUGAGACGAGAACUAAGUUCUCUUUCUUCAUCGUCGAGUUCUAGGGUUUUACAUCAACUUCUUCGAUCUCAAAAUCACAGAUUCUCGUCGUCUUCAACGGAGGGGAUCGGAGGCCAUGCGAGCAGCAAGGGGAGCAGAUCAUUGCUACGGCGGCGAGCGAUUCCGAUCGUACUUCUGAGCGUCACCGGAGGAUUCGCCCUCAGCGCUCUCAACGAUCUUGCCAUCUUUCAUGGCUGCAGCAGUAAGGCAAUUGAAAAGGCUAGUCAGAACGAGAAGAUUGUAGAAGCUCUUGGUGAGCCAAUUGUAAGAGGCCCAUGGUAUGAUGCUACUCUUGCAGUUGGUGUUAGGAGGAACACAGUUUCUUGCACAUUUCCAGUAUUUGGACCUCAAGGAUCUGGCGUCUUCCAAUUGAAGGCUGUUCGCACUGGAGAAGACAGUUUGUUUUCCUUCUUACGGCAUCAUGACUGGGACAUUCUUGUCAUGGAAGCUCAACUCCAUGUCCCUAAGGAAGGUGAUAAACCCCAGAAUUCCCAUGUAAGUCUUACAGACGUCAUUUCUCCUGCUGGCCAACCAGAAUGCAAAGAAUGCAGGUCAUCAAACUCUGGAGCCCUUGAGAAGUGAACAAUAUGCCCUGCAAAGACAGCUCAUCUUCUUUGCUUUCUUGAAAUUGUGCAAGUCUUUAAUUCAUUUCUUUAUUAAAACUUUGAAAGUGCCAUAAAAAGGGUGGAAAAAGAAGUAGCGAAAUAAUGACACUGAUGGUGGGUUCUGGACUAAAUUCAUUCUUGAAUGGAAAACAAAUUCUAACCCUAACCCACCUGACAAACAAUUUGAAUUGUAAGAAACUACAGAUCUGGUGUGUUUUUAGACAUUUGAGAAGUCAAAUAUGUUCAUUUUGGAAUUUAUUAAAUUCAUUUUUGAAUGGAAAGGAAAGAAAUUUACUGC